AUGGGAGAGGACCUCUUUCCAGGAAUCAUUGACAUAGAUGGACUUGGAGGAGGCCUUCGUGAGUACAGAGCCAGCCUAUUGGCCAAUCAUGGCUUUGCCACACUGGCCCUGGCUUAUUACAACUAUGAGGAUCUGCCCCAGGAUGUGACCAAACUCCACCUGGAAUAUUUUGAAGAGGCAGUGAACUACAUGCUGCAGCACCCACAGCUCAGUACUGAUGCUUUUUUGUUUGUUUGUUUUUGUUUUUGUUUUUCUCCUGUCCACCAGGUAAAGGGGCCUGGCAUUGGCCUGCUCGGUUUCUCUAAAGGAGGUGAUCUGUCUCUCUCCAUGGCUUCCUUCCUGAAGAACGUCACAGCCGUUGCUACCAUUAAUGGCCCUGUGUCCAAUACAGUUAUUCCUCUCAGCUACAAGGAUAAAAUCAUCCCCCCUUUGACCCUUAAGCAACAGCAUACUAAGGAUUAUGAUGACAACAUUCUUGAUUUUUCUGAUGCCAGUUUAGACCCCUUUCAAGUCCCUGGCAACCAAAGCCUGAUCCCAAUAGAGAAAGCUGAGGCACAUUUACUGUUCAUUGCUGGUCAAGAUGACCAUGUUAUCAAGAGUGAGUAUUUUGCUACUGAAGCCUGCAAGCAUUUGCAGGCUCAAGGGAAGGAAAAUUUUCAGAUACUCAUUUACCCUGGAGUAGGGCACUGCCUUGACCCUCCCUUUUUCCCUUUGUACCCGAUAGGAAACCACCCUGUUUUUCAGAAGCGGGCAGUCUUGGGUGGGGAGCUCAUGGCUUAUUCUAAAGCACAGGUUCAUGCCUGGCCACAGAUCCAGGCUUUUUUCCACAAAUACUUAAAUGACAAGUAAUGUGGAAGAAGCAAUGUACAAGUAACACACAGUUUUGAACAACCAGAUCUGAUGAAUUCUAUUACAUUUAUCAGGUCAAAUCCCAUUCACAGCUGUACCAGUACAGCUACGGUGUCUUCCAUGACUUUGCACAUCCACUACUCAGAAAAGAAAUAGUUUUCAAUUUUCUGGUUUUCCCUCAACAUUUUUGCUCAAGUGUUAAGAAAAGGAGUGGAGAAUAGUUUCACAUUAGCCCUUGAUAAAAUAGGUCAAACAAAAAAUCCUCGUUAUUUUUCUCACCUGUUUUCUACUUUAAUAUUUGACUGCACUUUGCAAAUUACUGCGGUCUCCACAUGCAUAUGCUAUCCACAGCUCAUACUUAGAGCAAAACCUCUCAAAUACUAAUUUUGGCACGUGGAUUUCACCACAGUUAUGGUGAAUGUCUCAUCACAAAUGGAAAUAUCUCUGACCUCUGAGCUGCUGUAAGUGUGCAAUAAUGGAUGUUAUAAUAAGGAUGCUGGGGUGUCUCUGGUGAACUUUCUAGAAGAGUUGUUUGUCUUCUGUUUUCAUCUUCCCUUCAGAAGAAAGGGCUCUGGAUCAUGAAUACUUCUGGCUCCAAGAUGUCAUUGGAAAAGCCAAAUUUUAAAUGACUGUGAUCUCCCACAAAAUGGGGAACUAUUAGAGCAAUAAUUUAAAUAAAGAGAGAAUGAGAUUUGAAA